AUGAAAUCAGAGCAUAAGCAGAAUGUGACAGAAUUUUCACUCCAAGGCUUGGUCGAUAUCCCUGAAUACCAAAUCCCAAUUUUUUUAUUAUUUCUGCUCAGCUAUGUUGCUGUUUUAUUGUCGAACAUAACAAUUAUUGUGGUUAUUUUGAGUGAUUCUCAACUUCACACUCCUAUGUACAUUUUAUUGAUUAAUCUUUCGCUAACCGACAUUGGUAACACCUCAGAUAUUCUUCCUAAGGUUUUAACUACCCUCCUAACUCAGAUUAAGACUGUUUCCUUAGUGGAAUGUGUAACUCAGAUGUAUUUUUUCCUUUCACUAACACUUACUGAAGUUCUCAUUCUUUCAGCCAUGGCUUAUGACCGGUAUGUGGCAAUCUGUCACCCUCUCCAUUAUUUUACCUUUAUGAGUUUAAGACACACUGUUGCCUUUGCGGUUGCUUCAUGGACCAUUGGUUUCUUGGAUCCCACAGGACAUGCUGUCCUUAUGUCCAGGCUGUCCUUCUGUAAAUCACAUAUUGUUGAUCACUUUUUUUGUGACGUUACACCAUUGCUGAAGAUCUCCUGCAGUGACACCUUCAAGUUACAAAUGUUAACCUAUGUAGAAGGGACAAUAAUCGACAUCCCUGCAUUCCUGCUCACUUUCUUUUCUUAUGUAUUUAUUGUUUCCUCUAUUUUGAAAAUACAAUCUUCAGAAGGUCGACAAAAGGCAUUUUCUACCUGCACCUCCCAUCUGACCUGUGUUACUCUCUUCUAUGUAACGUUAAUUUCUUUGUACAUGAGACCCACAUCAAGCCUUUCUCUAAAAAAUUACAAAUUUUUUUCUCUACUAUAUGUUGUCUUGAUCCCAAUGCUUAAUCCUGUUAUAUACACACUGAAAAACCACGACGUUAAAGAAGCUUUGAAGAAACUAAUGAAUAAAAAGGUGUUCUUAAGGCCACUUUAGUGCUUGUAAUACUCCUACAUCAAA